AUGCGGCUGCUGCUGCUGGCCGUGCUGCUCUGGUUCUCGGUGGCCCGCGCGGGCUGCGAGCCCAAGAUCAUCAACAUCGGCGCCGUGCUGAGCACCAAGAAGCACGAGCAGGUCUUCCGCGACGCCAUCAGCCAGGCCAACAAGCGGCACGGCACCUGGAAGAUCCAGCUGAACGCCACCUCCGUCACCCACAAGCCCAACGCCAUCCAGAUGGCUCUCUCCGUCUGCGAGGACCUCAUCUCCAGCCAGGUGUAUGCCAUUCUAGUGAGCCACCCACCAGCGCCAAAUGACCACUUGACCCCAACACCGGUGUCAUACACAGCUGGGUUCUAUCGGAUUCCUGUCCUUGGGCUGACGACUCGCAUGUCCAUAUAUUCAGAUAAGAGUAUCCACCUGUCCUUCCUACGCACGGUGCCCCCCUACUCCCACCAGUCCAACGUUUGGUUUGAGAUGAUGCGCUUUUACAAGUGGAACCACAUCAUCCUCAUUGUCAGUGAUGACCACGAAGGGCGAGCUGCCCAAAAGAAGCUGGAGACCCUCUUGGAAGAGAAGGAAUCCAAGAGUAAAAAAAGGAACUAUGACAGCCUCGAACAACUAUCCUAUGACAGCAAGCGAGGACCCAAGGCUGAGAAGGUGCUUCAGUUCGAACCAGGAACAAAAAAUGUGACUUCACUGCUGCUGGAAGCCAAGGAAUUGGAGGCUCGGGUGAUUAUCCUCUCCGCAAGUGAGGAUGAUGCCACCACCGUAUAUAUGGCAGCAGCCAAAGAAAACAUGACUGGUCCGGGUUACGUAUGGCUGGUGGGAGAAAGGGAGAUCUCGGGCAACGCCUUGCGCAACGCGCCAGAAGGACUGAUUGGUCUACAGCUCAUGAACGGGAAGAAUGAAUCUGCUCACAUUAGAGACGCAGUUGCUGUGGUGGCCCAGGCUGUGCACGACUUGUUUGAGAAAGAGAACAUCACCGACCCUCCCCGGGGAUGUGUGGGGAACACUAACAUCUGGAAGACGGGGCCCCUCUUCAAAAGGGUGCUGAUGCAGACCAAAUAUGCAGAAGGCGUGACUGGCAGGGUGGAGUUUAAUGAAGACGGGGACAGAAAAUAUGCCAACUAUAGUGUCAUGAAUCUCCAGAACAACAAGCUGGUGCAGGUCGGAGUCUACAACGGGAGCCACUUUCUGCCCAAUGACCGAAAGAUCGUCUGGCCGGGAGGAGAAACAGAAACACCGCAGGGCUACGAGAUGUCCACAAAACUAAAGAUAGUCACCAUCCACCAGGAGCCAUUUGUCUACGUGAAGCCCACCCUGGCCGAUGGGAAGUGCAAACCGCUGCUCAACAGCACGGGGGGACUGGUGCAGCAGGUGCUCUGUACGGGGCCCAACGAGACCAUGCCAGGACGCCCCAGUGUAAUGUUAUGUUGCUAUGGCUUCUGCAUCGACUUACUCAUCAAGCUUGCAAAGACCAUGAAUUUUACCUACGAAGUACAUCUAGUGGGUGACGGUAAAUUUGGCACACAAGAACGGGUGAACAACAGCAACAAGAAGGAGUGGAAUGGGAUGAUGGGGGAGCUGCUGAGUGGCCAGGCUGACAUGAUCGUGGCACCAUUAACCAUUAACAACGAGCGCGCUCAGUACAUUGAGUUUUCCAAGCCUUUUAAGUAUCAAGGACUGACCAUCCUCGUCAAGAAGGAAAUUCCCCGCAGCACCCUGGAUUCAUUCAUGCAGCCAUUCCAGAGCACUCUGUGGCUCCUGGUGGGGCUGUCGGUACACGUGGUGGCCGUUAUGUUAUAUCUGCUGGACCGUUUCAGUCCCUUUGGCCGAUUUAAAGUGAACAGCGAAGAAGAGGAAGAGGACGCCCUGACCCUUUCAUCGGCCAUGUGGUUUUCCUGGGGGGUCCUUCUGAAUUCUGGCAUUGGAGAAGGUGCCCCAAGAAGUUUCUCAGCUCGGAUCCUUGGCAUGGUCUGGGCUGGUUUCGCCAUGAUUAUCGUGGCCUCCUACACUGCCAACCUGGCUGCUUUCCUGGUUUUAGACAGACCGGAGGAACGAAUCACUGGCAUCAACGACCCUCGGUUGCGAAACCCUUCGGAUAAGUUCAUCUACGCCACAGUGAAGCAGAGCUCGGUAGACAUUUAUUUCCGGAGGCAGGUGGAGCUGAGCACCAUGUACCGGCACAUGGAGAAACACAAUUAUGAAAGCGCCGCCGAAGCCAUCCAGGCUGUUCGAGACAACAAGCUCCACGCCUUCAUCUGGGACUCGGCUGUACUGGAAUUUGAAGCCUCACAGAAGUGUGACCUGGUGACUACAGGGGAGCUUUUCUUCCGCUCCGGCUUCGGCAUCGGAAUGCGCAAAGACAGUCCCUGGAAGCAGAACGUCUCCCUGGCCAUCCUCAACCUCCAUGAGAAUGGCUUUAUGGAAGAACUUGACAAGACUUGGGUGAGAUAUCAGGAGUGCGAUUCCCGCAGCAAUGCUCCGGCAACACUCACCUUCGAAAACAUGGCAGGUGUAUUCAUGCUGGUGGCUGGAGGUAUUGUGGCCGGGAUAUUUUUAAUAUUCAUAGAAAUAGCAUACAAAAGGCAUAAAGACGCCCGGAGGAAACAGAUGCAACUGGCGUUCGCGGCAGUUAAUGUGUGGCGGAAAAACCUGCAGGAUAGAAAAAGUGGUAGAGCAGAACCAGACCCUAAAAAGAAAGCCACUUUUAGGUCCAUCACCUCUACCCUGGCCUCCAGCUUCAAGAGACGUAGGUCAUCCAAAGACACGCAGUAUCACCCCACAGACAUCACUGGGCAACUCAAUCUCUCUGACCCCUCGGUCAGCACCGUGGUGUGAGAUCUCGGGACGGACCAAUGGAGACUCUGAGGGCCCUUCUGGAGACACCAAAGGGAAGCCUUUGACAUCCACCCACGGCGUCUGCAUUGCUUUCUUCCCUCCAGCCCUGGUAGAUCCCAGCUUUCUCCAAGGGUGACCAAUCUCGUGGCCUUGGCGUGAACUACUGAAGAUGAGGCCUGGGAGCACCUCCGUUCUUUCUAGAGUGUGGCCUCUAUUUACUUCUCCUCCGAGACACGCAAAGAAGGUAGUUCUGAGGGAGACCCCCCACCACCAC